AGCCUCAUCCGCCCCUCCUGCCCUAUAAAUUGAGCUACCAACCGGCGUCUCUGCUUCAUCAUCAUCAACCUCUUUAAUUUCACCAUGGCUUGUAAGGCCGGCAGGUCGCUCUUGUGCAUCUCGCUCGUCGCCGUCCUGCUCCUCGUCGAGACCGCUACUCCCCAUGGACAAGCCUACGCCAUCGAUUGCUCGGCGCGGUGCGGGUACCGGUGCAGCAAGUCGGGGCGGGCCAAGAUGUGCCUGCGGGCGUGCGGCACCUGCUGCCAGCGCUGCGGCUGCGUGCCGCCGGGCACCUCCGGCAACGAGAACGUCUGCCCCUGCUACGCCAACAUGACCACCCACAACGGCCGCCACAAGUGCCCCUGAUCUCUAUCACCGAUCACCGUUCGUCUCCGGCGCGCCGCCGGCCGCCGGCGGCGGCGGCCACUAUCCCGUGGAUAGCUACCAUAGUAGCAUGUCUACCUUGUGAUACUAGCUGCCUGCCUACGGCUCACCUGUCCAUCACGCGUCUCUCUCUUCUCUCCGUGCAGCCUGCAUGCAUGCAUUGCAUGCUAUAGCUUGCUUGCUUGCUGCAGGCACACCGUAUUUGUGUACUGCCACUUGAAAAAAAAUUAUGUAUCAUCUGUGUGUGUGUGCAUAUGUGCCGUGCUGUGAUCAUGUACAAGUGAAUAAGUUACAUAUAAUGAAAAGUGUUUGCUCUAUAUUAUUAUUGCAUA